AUGGUGGAGUUUUACAUCAAUGUGGACAUUGCAUUCAAGUUUGGAUUGCUGCGCCUCAAGACGGGCAAGACAGGAAGCAGCCAGAGCGAUUAUCUGAUAGGGCCGAAUCUGCAAUAUUCUCUCCCCGUUCAGACCUAUGAUGAGACCACGGGUCCCGUCGGGAGUCGAUAUCGAGCCUAUUACGAUUGGGAAGGGGAGGUGUACGAGGGGGUCAACUAUACCAGCCGAGCUUUUUUCAUCGUGACCAAAGACAAUGUGAAAUGGAUGAGAUUGCACCAGGCGUUUGAAUGGCGUUUGAAUAACCUGGAUGCCUCGUUUGAAAAGAUUGUGGGAACCCGCCGACGGACCGUCAUGGUCUAUUCAGAUCUGGUGGAAUCCACGGUGGUAGGGAGUGGCAAGUUUCCCCUGUUGCGGGAAGUGCAAUUGUUGAGAACCGGCGAUGGGGAAAGUACAGCCGAACCCCUGCACCACCAAUGGAUCAAACUACGAGGAAAUCAACUAGACAUCUUGGAAGUGGAGAUUGCCAGUACCAGUGGACCCUUGGCCCCUUUACCCCCCGGCAAAACCCUGGUGACCAUUGGUCUCAAACAGCUAUAAAAAGCCACCCCACGUCUCUGGCAGGUCCAAAACACGACGUGAACCAUGCGCGGAGGCAGUUUAACGCGGUACCACACGCCCGUGCUCACCAAGCAAGAGGGCAAAGGGUUGGCCGAAGACUUGAUCAAAAUCGCGGGACCCUUGAUCGUGCAACAAGCUCAAGCGGGACUGCAAGAUAUUCAACGUGGCAAGAGUGCUGCAGCCACGUGGGCGGAUCGAAGUGCCCAACUCAGUCGCGGCUUGAAACGCAAAGCCCCCGCCAUGGCUUGGACGGCUGGCAAACACAAGGUCAAACGGACCGCUCAAAAUACCUAUAAAAGAGCCACGCAACGUGUACGGGACAUCUUUGGACUGUGAAAACAAUGGUACGUGUAGGAGGUUUUCUCAAAUCGCAAAAUCGCGUUCGACGGCAACGGGCCCGUGGACGGUUUAUUUCACCGUAUCAAGUGGGAGGCACGAUCUUUGGCAAGUCGACGACAGCGCGUUAUCCGCUGAUGCACACGUCCUCCCGCCAAUUGGAUCGUUACCUACAGCGCAGGAUGAAAGGGGGCACGAUUUUCGGCACGUCCACUCGUAGGCGCCAAAAUCCUUUGGGGUUCCCCACAGCAGCCGAUAGGAUCAAUCCUGCUCGAUGGAGGGUGGAACAGGCCCUGCGCCGCAUGAAAGGGGGCAAGAUUAUUGGGGCGUUGGGCAAGGGGGAUCUCCGAACAGUGUUGUGGGCCAAUCAAGCUAAAGCCCGGAAACAGAAGAAGAAGAAACAGAAAGGAGGCAACGUCUUUAGCCGAUUGAAAAAACGCAUUCAAAUCGAUUUUCCGCACCGCCCCUUUCCCGCCGCGCAUCCCAUCCAUGAUUGGCACAGACUACGAAAAGGUAUAAAAAGAGGACGUCGUUGAACCUCGUGGACAGAUCGCACCAUGUCGCUCGAACUGUUUGACGUGCCUGAUGUGGAUUAUCGGUACGAAGCCUCGCGGGAGGUGGAGUUUCAACCCGCUUUGACAGGCAUCCAACCCAUCACGUUCUCCAUUCCUGGCUCUGACGAUUAUUACGAUCUCAAUUCUCUCCGCUUCAAAGUCAAAAUGCGCCUGACCGAUCCAGCCAACAACUAUACAGGACUGCAUGCGGGUCUACUCAUUUCCAAUGCCAACGAAACCAGACAUGUCUACUGCGUCAACAAUUUUGGCCACACCAUCUUUCGAGACAUUACCAUGAGCAUGAAUGGCGUCCUUGUGACCGAACAGAGCAACACUUACCAUUACAGAGCCUACAUAGAAACCCUGCUGAAUUACAACCGAGAAGAAGGAGUCACCAAGCUAGCUCCCCAAGGAUGGGUCAAUCAGCUGAAUGUAGCAGAAGAAAUAGGCGCCACCGCCGCCAAUUCCGAUGUCCCUGUCGCCGCGAAUUGGAGUGGCAAUGCAGACUUGCGAACCCUGACCAGCAAGUUACUGAGUCAAAAUUGGCACACCUUCAUCGUGCGCCCCCAUUUGCCCACCCUCCAUACAAGCAAAUUGUUGGUCCCCAAUGUCCAGAUGGACUUUGAACUGUUCCUCAACCCCAAGACCAUCUACCUGAUGGGCUCCCCCAACAAAGGCACCUUAAACGUCAAGAAAAUUCCAGCCAUCCACAAUGAUGACAUCAAAGUCACCUUGUUGAUGAGAAAAGUGACCCUGAAUGCUGCUGUCUAUGUCAGACUGCAAAAAGAAAGACAACUGAACAAACAGAUUGCCCGCUACCCUGUGGUGCGGAGUGAAAUUCGCACCUUUUCCUUUGAUGGACGCACCACCCAAUGGGAACAAGACAAUGUGUUUGUGGGACGAUUUCCUGAUCGAGUGAUUGUGGGAUUAUUGCAUUCGGAUGCCUUCAAUGGAAACCUGGAAAGAUACCCUUUUGCUUUUCAAAAGUUUGGGGUCACCCAAGUACGACAGACCUUGAAUGGAGAAGAAUACCCUUACAGAACCCUGCAAUUGACAGGAGACCAAGCCUAUGAAGAUUUGCUGGGCUACGAUCGAUUUCUACAAGCCAUGGGUGCCUACAAUGAACACAAGAUUCCCAUGCUACUGCCUGGUGAUUGGGGACAAGGCAAGAAUUGUACCUUGUUCAUGUUCAACAAUGUGCCUAGUCAAAAAGCCGAUGACCCUGAAUAUCGCAACCCCCGUCAAUCGGGCAAUACGCGAUUGAUCAUUGAUUUUUCGGCGGCUGUGGGACACAACGUCACCGUCUUGAUAUGGAGCGAGUAUGAAAACAUGUAUGAGAUCAACCAUCUGGGAGGUAUAAAGUACAACAUCAACGGCUGAGAAAUCAGAAGUCAAAAGACACCGAGCAUGGAGUUUGUGGCACUCAGUGAUACUGUGUUGCGGACCCUGGCCUUGGAAGACCCCGAAUUACGACGCGUGUUUCAUGGGGUGCAUCCCGCCGACCAACUCCCCCGAUCCCCCGCCAAGGAGAUUCGUCAAGCCUACAUUGUCAACACGGACCCCGCGGGAGAACCGGGCCAGCAUUGGUUGGGCCUGUGGACCGAAAAGAACCAGUGCGAGAUCUUUGACAGUUAUGGUCUACCCCUGCACGUGUACACCACCCCGGAGUUGCACCAAUGGUGGGGUCAAUGGAAGUACCUGACGCGCAGUGACCAGACCCUGCAAGCCCUGGAUAGUCAAACCUGUGGCCAUUAUGCGUUAUUUUUCUUGAAAGCCCGGGCACAAGGACGGUCCUAUCAAGAAUUUUUGAGUCAAUGGAGUUGCGAUAAUUUAGUGUUGAAUGAUCAUAAAGUGGCCGACCAGUUGAAACGGGUGAUUAAACAGGAAUUACAAGAUGAAGUGGAUGCCCGACGGGAUGGGGGGCAAAAGAAUGUAAGCCGCCAGGCCUUUAUCACGUGUCAUCCUUGUGUAUGUUAAUAAAAACCAUAAAACGAGAUGUGUUGUGAACGAGUGGUCAUUUGUCUCUCAUGAUGAUUACGCGAAGCGAUGUCCAGCGUAUUGUGGAUGCGUUCAUUCUCGAAGAAACCUUGUAUUGGUGGGAACACCCCAUCGAACGGGUCAACACGGUGCGAGGGAUUGACGCGUGGGAUGGGUAUCAUUGGCUCAUGGUCCGACAAUUGGCCCAAGACCAAGAUUGGGUCUCUCUCAAACAGUAUAUGGAUAGCAUGAGCGAAACGUAUUUAAGAGAGAUCAUGGAAGGUCUGAUCCAGUCUGAAUCACCACGUGUGUAUCGCGAGUAUUGGACAGAAUGCCCCACCGCAGACGACGGCGACGACAACGACAACGACAGGGCACCCGACGACCCUACUUUCGCCAAAACGGACGAGGCAUCAUGAGCGUAUUGGCCAAAGCGUAUAAAAUCGGGGAUAAAUUGGGACGCGACAAACGGUAUAAACGCAUGGGUGCCAAAGGAGCUACGGGUCAUUAUCGACGUCAUCCUCGACCGUGGGAAUCAUGAUCCGUCAACCUAGCAGUGUGAUUAUCGCGGGCCCGUCGGGCAGUGGCAAGACGGAUUUGGUGGAACAAUGGUUACGGUACCUGAACGUGUUUCAAGUCAAACCCCGCAAGAUUGUGUAUGCCUAUGAUCGCUGGCAACCCCGGUUCGAGCGGAUGCAAAAAAAGGAUGGAAUUCAAUUUUAUCGCGGGUUACCGGACCCCCGUCAUUUGACGCAAUGGUUUGGUCGAACGCGCGGCGGGGUAUUGGUCUUGGACGACCUGAUGGAAGAAGGGGGACAAGACAAGCGCGUGUUGGAUUUGUUCACCAAAGAUUCGCAUCAUCGUAACAUCACGGUGUUGUAUUUGACGCAAGAUUUAUUCCCGCCUGGCAAAUUUUCCAAGACCAUUAAUCGCAACGCGCAUUACAUUGUGGCCUUCAAAAACCCCCGGGAUCAAACAGGCAUACGGACCAUUUUAUUGCAAGCCUUUCCGGAUCGGUGGCGUCAAGUGUUGCGCCUAUUUAAACGCAUCACGGCUCGACCUUUUGGCUAUUUGAUGUUGGAUGUACAUCCGGCGUCGGAUGAUCGCUACCGUUUGUGGAGUCAUUUAACGCCCCGAGAAGGCAAAGCGCAAGUCCACACCUUGCGGGCGGAUGUCCCUGCCGUUCGAAAACGUGUUGCUACGAGAACGCGAACGUCAACGACGGCAAAGAGAAGGCGGACAACAUACUGAGUUAGCUGCUCGCAUGGACACACACUCACCCGCGGGGGUAGGUUCCCCCUCGGUCCUCCGAGAUCUCAGCAGCAUGACGGACAUGGUGACCGAAUUGUCUCGACCCGUGGAUCGUACCCAAUUGCAGCAAGACAUUGACGAGUUCAAUUUGACUUACCCGGUCAAUGUAGACGAUGCCUUGAAUGCCUUCACGCUCCCGCCCGUGGCAGGCACUGGCACAGCCCCCGUCACCACUGCCACCACCACCACAGCUGCCCCAACCCGCCCCACCACCUCCACCCGAACACGCCCCACGACCACCACCACCACUACCAGCCGACCACGACCCGUCACGUCCACCCGAACACGCCCCACCACCAGUCGCCGCAGUGCCGGGGCAGGGACCAGGACCACUACCUCCACGGUGACGACCCCCACUGGACGCCCCACCAUCGCCGCCAAACAACCGCGACGGCGCCCCAGGGUGCCCUCCCCACCCUCCCCAGGUUCGUCCCCUCCGUCCGAUGACGAGGAUGGCGAUGAUGACGAUCGACGGCGAGGCUUAAGGCGACGGUUGGAUUUGCUCAAUGAAGAUGCUCAAGAACGGGCACGAGGUCGACGCAUCCGCAACAUCACGCACACUAAUACCGUCACCACCGUCUACGAAGAGGGGGGUCGUCCCUCGGUGCGCCGCACAUCCACCCGAACGUCCAGCCCAAGUCCA